AUGGCCUCCCUGCAGACCUUGACCAAGAGCUUCUCAGUAUGGGUCUUCUUCUGCUGCUGUUGCUGUCUCCCUCUUCUUCUCACCAGCCCUCUGCCUCCAAAAGGUGCAGGGGUGGCUUCUAUCAGCCACCAAGCCUGCAGGCUCCGGAAGACCAACUUUCAGCAGCACUACAUCAGGAAUCGCACCUACACCUUGGCUAAAAUGGCCAGGGCCUCAGACCAGGAUACUGACAACAGGCUCAUUGGGCAGCAGCUCUACAUCAACAUCAAGGAAAACAACCGCUGCUACAUGAUGAAGAGAAUUGUGGAGAUUAUAGUGAAAGACGUCCUUCUCACCGAGGCCAGGGAGAAGUACCCAUAUGCUGAGGAGGUGGCACAGUUCCUGGCAUCCCUGACCUCGGAGCUGAGCAGAUGUAAAUUCUCAGGAAACAGAGAGCACAUUGAAAAGAACCUGGAAGAAAUGAAGAGCAAAAUGAAACAGUUGGGAGAUAAUGGAAAGAAUAAAGCCAUUGGAGAACUGGAUUUACUGUUUGACUACCUAGAAAAUGCUUGUACUGAUGCCCCAAAGAAGGGAGGGAACAAGAAGAAAAACUGAAAAAACAUCAGAUCAGUCUUGAAGAGAUGUCUCCAAAAAACUCAUAAUAUUAUUCAAAUUGAUUAACUACUGUGGAAAAAAAUCACAUCUAUAGAUGCAGUAUAUGUUUUUUAACCUGUACUGAAAAUAGCCAAUAGGGCAGAGACAGGGUGCAUACUGCUGCCUUCUUUCCAAACGAAAACUCCCGAACAGUGUGUGUUGCUACAUUUCAACACAGCACAGUAGUUAUUUUCAAAGGCACGCUCCUACUCUGCUCAUCUGCAUCAGAAUAAGGCAACUGUUUCUGUAUUUAAUAGGCCGAGAUUUGACACCUGUGUCAGCUUUGGUCAGGGUAGGCAGUGCUCUGUGGCCAGGAAGUUUUGAGUCUUUUAUUGGAAAUCUCUCUUGUGUAUGUUGCCCUCUUCUGACCCUUACCUGAAAUGUUGGUAUUUUGGACAUUCAGAAAAUAGUUUUUUUUUUGCUUAUAUUUAAUAGUAACUUAUUU